UACCCGCAGUGAAGGCACGUCGCGCUCGCGCUGCGAAACAACGAUCACACGACACUUUCACGCGGUCGACCUAAGUAACGAGUUAUGUGCGCGUACGCACUUAUCAAUAAAACUCUCCUGAGUAUAGUCUCGUGACAGUGCAAAUGUCUCCUAGCUUGGAAGGGAUCAUGUUCAACAGGAACGCGAACCUGUCGGCGCGGCGGCCGCUGCUCGCUGAACCUCAGAAGCCUGUAGUGGUGCCGCCGCGCGCUCCACCCCGCGAUACGGGCCCGCACCGGCCGCUGCCCGCGCCUAGGAACUUACCUCCAGACUGCUACCGACCAGACUACUGGAAACCCUCGAAUGUCGACAUCGAACGACGCUUGCAGGAGGCACGAGCCCGAGAGAAAAUUGGCUACUUUCAAGAUAAAGUGACGACACCAGACCUCAACUUCGACAGAAGAGAGGCGGAGUUGGUGUUCAGGUUCGACCCUCACGCGUCAGCUGAGUACCUGUCAAGCCAGUACCGUGCGCCUGUAUUGCAGUAUGCGAAGCCCCCGCCGACGCCGGCAAACGGGUUUUCUAACCGUUUCCCCGAGCGAGACGGGCCCUUCGUGUUUGGGGUACACAGCCCUAGUCAGUUCCCCCUGCCGCGCAGGGAUGAUGACGACUACGACUAUUCAGAGGUGGCAGACGAGAGCCGCAAUGCGAACGCGAUGCGAGACGAUGUGUCCGAGGACACCAACUGCUGUGAUAAAGUGAACGAGUGGACGACCCGAGACAAGAAAGUCCGGAGGACUUUGAAUCGAAUGUUUCAGAUUAAAGACAAGAGGAAGGUGAAAGGUGGGAAGAAAGAGAAGAUAAAGUGUGUGUUGGUGGGGGAUGGGGCAGUGGGAAAGAGUUCUCUCAUAGCUGCGUAUGCGCAGGACACAUUCCGGGAAGAGUAUCAACCCACGGCAUACGACACAUUUAACGUUGUGGUGGACGUGGACGACCGGCCCGUCUGCGUGGAGAUCUGUGAUACUGCUGGACAGGACUCGAUGUCAGAGCUGCGGGCUCUCUGCUACCCGGGCACGGACGUUCUCAUGCUCUGUUUCUCCGUGGUGCGCCCAGAAACCUUCCGCUCCGUCGCCGAGCGCUGGACGCGCGCCGUCGCCGGGGUCAACGCCCCUCUCGUGCUCGUCGGCACGCAGAGCGACUUGGCGACGGAUCCCAGAGUCUUGCAGACUUUAAGAAAUCGCGGCGAGCACCCAGUAACAGAGAACGAAGCGAAGGCUUUGGCAGCCAAAAUCAACGCGGUCUACGUAGAGACCUCAUCCAAGACCAGGAAACAGCUGAAAGACGCCUUCGACGCGGCCAUCCUAGCCGGCCUUCCCGUCAUAAAGAGUAAAAAACCUUUCUGGAAAAAACUUCUGUGUAUUAGCUAGAUAUUAAGGAAAACGGACUAUGAAUUUCAUGAGUUAUCCUGCGGGGUCUGCAGAGUUCGCGUUAUCGUAGGCAGCGCGAUAUAUCCUGGGCUUCGACCAAUAGGCGUAGCGAUUGCUGUGUCGGUAGAUAAAUGCCGAACGGUUAUUGGUCAAAACCCCGAUAAACAUGCGCAGCGUUUAGGUAACUUUACAUACCCCACUGUACCGGUGUAAAUAUUGGAAUAAAUUAAAGAUGUAAGUAAUGUUCUUUAAACUCAUGUACAGGAGGACAUCUAUCUAUUAGUCUACUGUAGCCUACGACAAUCAUGAUAUUUAAAGACAAUGGCCCCAAUUCCUGCAGACACCUCCUAAUUUUAGAAAAGGGACGGAUAAUAAAAUGAAUGAAUAACCCGUGCGAAUAAAAUAGGCAACUGGUAUGCAAUCCGUUUGACGUGCUGUCAAAAUUAGAUGGCGUCUGCAGUCAUUAGCACCAAUGUUAUCUUCCUAUCUAGGUAGGUACUUACCUAAAUAUUAUAUAAAAUAUAUAUCACGAUGGACAAUUGUAAUGGGUGAUGGUCUGAUCCCUUCUCACCGUAAGGUUCAUCAUAUUCAUCUUAGGACUUCGUAUCAACAGAAGCUGCAAGUUGCUUUGUUUGCUUGCAGCUCUGCCCAGAGUAGGCAAUUGAUAUUGUAUAAAAUAUAUCAACAAAUUUCAAAUUCUUACAAAAAGAACAAAAUGUAUUAUUAUAUUAAUUAGUUUACCCGGGAAGGGACGUGUCGAGAGUCAUAAAUAAGAACGCGAUUCAAUCAAAUUAUAAGUAAUAUCUCGUCUUAAUUAUUUUGACCAAAAGUGAAGUGCCUUAUAUGCCAACGAAGAAAUUAAUAGACUAUCUUACCCUAAUAUCUUUAGAUAAUAUUUUUAAAAGUUGAAUGUGUUAUGAAUUGAAUAUAAUGUACUUUCAUAAUAGGUAUGUCAAAACAAACCACGAAUUUGGCCGAUGAAAUUGGUACCUAUAAAUGUUUAAAAAAUCACAUCUGAUGUUAUUUCGUGUUGUAACAAUUAUACUUAAUAUGUAUGAAAAUUAAAUGGCUUCCUAAGUAGACGAUUUAAUCGACUUUGAAAUGCAAUGAGGGAGGGAAAAAUAGUUUACCUAUAUGGCGCUGCCUAGAUUUAACGUGAUAAUUACCUAUUUUCUCAUUACUCGGGUACAUAAUUAUUCAAAAAUACAACGUAAUGGCAGAAGCAAGUAUAAUA